UGGAAAGUGAGCAAGCUGAUGGUGGUGUGUGAAACUGCACUCUAACAGAAAAGAUAUUUCCACAUUGGGUACUCUGUGAAAAAUAGCUUCACGCCUUCCAUGCAGCUUCCUUGAGACGUACGUCAAAAGGACUUGAGGUACCCCGCAAGCGGUACAUUAACAGCGUGUAUUCGCCUCAUCACUCGAGCUUCGAAUUGAGACGUGAGCACCGUAAGCGUUACCCCACCGGAUUUGUCCUGAGAUGCUGGGGGAAAACGCCUUCACGGAUCCCGCUACCUACUCCGCCGUGCCCGGUAUGUAUUCUCUAUUGACGUCCACGCCUAUCCCGGGGAGCAUGGAUGGGUUGAUUGGAAACGGAAGUUUCACCGCGUCUUACGGGGAUGGGAACGGGACGGGCAAUGUUAACGACGACCCUGCUGAACAGGUCCAUAACCUUGUGUUUCAGAGAUAUGUGAUUCCGGUCUUCUACAGUUUGGUAUUCCUCACAGGCAUCAUCGGAAACGGGCUCGUCAUUAUCGUGCUGCUGAAAUACCCCAACAUGCGGACCAUACCCAACGUGUACAUUCUCAGUCUGGCUCUGGUGGACUUCAUGUUUGUCCUUUGCCUACCUCUGCAGGGCUACCAAAUCUUCGCCAAUAACUGGCCCUUCGGUUACGUCAUUUGCAAGUUUGCUGGCAUCGUAGACGGUAUGAACCAAUUUGCGUCCAUCAACAUCCUGACGAUCAUGAGCGCUGACCGGUACGUGGCGGUGGUGUACCCGCUGUCUUCGAUGCGUUAUCGUACCAAGAAGACGGCCCGUAUAGCCUGCGGGAUCGUGUUCGCGGUAUCGUUUCUUCUCAGCACGCCCACUUGGCACUUUACCACCACCACAUCUUUCCCAGCCGCGAACGUUACCUACUGCUCGGUCCAGGGUGCUGAGUGGGACCCAGAAGGAUUCUUCUACGUCAUGUACAUGUUCUUGGUGGGCUUUCUCAUACCCCUUGUAGUCAUCAUCAUGUGCUACUCCACCCUGCUAUUGAAGAUUCUCGGGAGCAAACUUCGCAUCCGUUCGGACGGGACGGGUACCGCUCAGCGCGCCUCCAAGCGAGUCCUGAUCCUGACUGUGUCCGUAAUCGUAGCCUUCGUGGCCUGCUGGCUACCUUUCAACGUCGUCUCGCUCCUGCACCACUUCACGCCCGUCCAGACCCACGCUCUGGCCAUGGCCUUCAACAUCACCUCCUGCUGGUGCUACACCAACAGCGGCUUUAACCCAAUCAUCUACACGUUCAUCGGAGAAAACUUCAAAAAGAACCUGAUGAAUAUGUGUCCGUGUUGCACCUCGCCAGAGGACACCAAACUGGACCGGUACCGAUCGAACAGGGAGAGCAGCACCUACAUUCGAGGGGGAACCCUUCGACUUCAUUCCGUACAGCAUGAUACAGCUAGUCCGACCACGCCCUGCACCGCUACCACUGAUGACACGUCCUUCAUGGACUCACCACCAAACAUAUACGUCCAGACGUACACCUUCGCCAACAACAAUUCCCACAACGCCUGUAAUAAAGAGUAGUCUUUCUGGCGGUCGUUUUUAUCCACUGUAAACCAAAUGGAUUGGGAAGAGAGUAGCAGGUACACUAAAAAAAACUGUUUCUUAACAAAAAAAUGUACCCACAUUUUUUGUGCAUGCAUGUUUCACAUUUUGUUUCGCAAGAGUCUACGACAUGUUUAGACUUAUGGAUGUCUGUGACAUGUCACGACAAAAGCCUGUUAGUACUAUUGAGUAUAAAAAAGUAAAGUAAAUAAAAAUGACUUAUCGGGUUGAAGUUGAAUGACAGGCUAAAUACACACUGUUAUCACUCUUUUUUAUCAUCUGUCUCAGAAUAACGAACAUUAAAAUAUAAAUUUGACUUUUAAUAUAAGUUACUAUUGAUGGCACUAACAGGCUUUCAUACUGUGCAAAAAAAAUAUCUAAACAUGUCUUAGGCUAAAUAUGUGGGAAAAAAGCGUACGGUAAAAAAAGUGUUGAAGCUCCAAGUACCAUUUUUACAGUUUACAUAAUUUCAUUAAUGAUUAUUAAGAAAAGAACAGACGAAUAUGUUUCAGGUUUCAGGUUUCCUACAAUCCAUAAACACGGCCGUUCGAGUCGUUAAACCAGUCAGAUUUUCAGUUGUGGUAGUAAUAUGGAUUGUAUAGGAUGAUAAUAGACUCAUCUGGUUCUGAAAUAAUCAACUGCUCUAAAUACUAUCUUUACUAUCCUCAUAUAGUGCUUCGAACAUAUUUUGAAUUAAUCUGUAUAGUAAUCGUUUCUGUUCACGGCUUUUACUGUUCUGGAACGCUUCAGUAUACAAUUACCACUGUAGCACUCAGUGUAGGGUUUACAUACAAUCAUCGUUUCAACACAUUGAAAGAUGGUCCAAAAAGACAUAAUUAUUUCAUGUUCCACGUGAAGUACCUAAAACGUCAAUCUGUCGUUGCGCUUUUCAAAGCGAGUGAAAUUCAUUGCACUUGGUCGACUUUGUAUACGCAAGCUGCAAUAAAUAAUUCAAAACCACAGUACUAACUGCCGGUCCCUGCAGUUUAUCAGCGUGAAUGCUUUGAUCCGUUUUGCCUACAAAAAAUGCAGAUUUCUGCGGUGUUAUUUUGUCACUGAAGCCAUUUAUAAGAAACGCCACUCUUACGGCAUUGAAACAUUAGUGUUGCACAGCUUUGUCACACAUUCAGACAAAAAACCCCACAAAUUUAAUGUCACUUUCUUUGUAUAAAUAGUUUCUGUGACGUCAACUGUCCUGUCCCUGUUAAAUGCAUUUGUAGAGUUAUGUCACAGGAUGAAAAAAUACCGCUUUUUGUCAUCUUGUUGGCUUUAACGGAUGAUCGAGUGGAGAUCUAUUAAAAACAAACAGCUGGUGAAAAAAAUGUAUUUUUUAGGCCAUAAAUAUUUUAGUUAGGGAAGAUGUCUGGUGGAUUUCGCAUUUGUCAAGCAUUUUUGCCUUGUAAUAGUUUCCAGUCAGUGCAAUUCUGAUUUGUUUUUCUUACCGUGUGAGCCUUUCUUGGGGCCAUGUGAUAAGAUUGGGACAUUAUACCAGUGUUUUAUAUGGAUGUAGAUAUGCCCGAAUCAUUUUACGUCAGUAAACAAGCACAGUAUGUUUUUAUAAUGUUCGGUAAGCAACAGAAAUUAAAAAGAAAGUAGUUUAAUCAUGUAAAAAUGUUCAGAUUAAAUAUAUAUGAUUGCAAUGUGGCACAGUCAAAAAGCAUACGAAUUUGCGCCGUUUUGAUACAAAAUCAAUGUACGAGUAUUCUGAGAUAUAGGCUAAGCUGUUGCAAAAUCUACGUUAUGCCGUUAAGUACAAUAUAUCCCACGCAUGAGCCAAUGAUUUGGGUUUUUUUCCUUUCCAGACGAAAAUGUACAUAAGAGCCUGGAUUGGCACACUUUCCAUUAUCCGUGCCGUUUUCGAUUCCCCUAAAUGGUCUAGACGACACUGGCCUAGUUGAACGCAAUGUGUUCGUGUAUUCAAGGCAAAUUUAAACCCUGGGAGUAAAAAUUCAAUAUAUAAGUGUGCCCUAAAAGACCAGGGAAAACGAAGAGUGUUGCAAGUUGGCUGUUUACAUGGCAUGCCUGCACGUUUGGACGUGCAAAUGCAUCAGAAAUCUACGAUGUUAUCUCGGUCACACAGAGCCUUGUUUAGAAGACAAGAAAUGUUGGAUUUAUUGCAGGGUCGAAGACAGUCUAUGGUAUAGUCCUUUUGGCAGUAUACACAAAUGUAGUCGUGCAGACUAUAGAUGCUUAAGUUUUUUUCCAGUUUUUUUUCCAUGCAGUGUUUAAAUAUUUCCCUUUUUAUUAUUUGAAAU